CCUCCCUCCUGUUUGUGUUCAGACGCACAGGGAAACCCGUUGCGACCUCGCUAGUUGAGAACAGUAACGGGGGCGAGUGAAACAGAUAAAUACAUGUUGGCGCCGGUAUGGACUUUAAGAAGAGCCGAUAUGGAAGGUUCAUGAAUGGCAGAGUUCCAUCCAGUAGGAGAUACCAGCCUACUGACUACGAACACGCUGCCAACUGCGCCACACAUGGACUCUGGAUCAUCCCCAGCCUGGUGGGCGGGUCUGUACUCUACUUCCUGUCUGUGGACCAAUGGCAGGCUGCUGCUGCCUGGUUGUACGGAGCGGGGCUUAGUGGUCUAUUCAUCUCCUCCACUCUGUUUCACACCGUGGCCUGGAAGAUCAGACACCUCCGUAAAGUGGAGCAGCGUUUCCACAUGGGUGACAGAAUGGCCAUCUACUUCUUCAUCGCUGCUUCCUACACCCCCUGGUUAAUGCUGAGGGAGUUGGGUCCAUGGUCAUGUGUUUCUAGGUUAAUG